CUGACCGCCGCCAAGCCACAAGCCCGCGGCGGAUGCCUCUUCAAGAUGUUUGAACCGAGCGACGAGGAGCAAUCGGCUCAAGUUUUCGAAAUGUCGACUCGGGACCUGCAGCUUCGGACAAUCGCCCUUCUGGAGAAGAUCGCGCACUCACAGAGCAUCCUCGAGGGGCGCGUCGACUCGAUGGAGAAGAUGCUCUCUCAGCCCGUCGUCUCAUCUCACUCUCCGUCAUCGCAACCCACCAGUUUUCCCCAGUUCCGACGACUACCGCCGGAGAUUCGGCACCGCGUCUGGUCGCUCGCCCUGCCGACGCGGGCCUUGCGGCUGCGCAAAUCGACAGAAAGCGCGUUUGUUCCCGCGCUGCUACCGCCAGCCGUCGCCGAGACGUGUCGCGAAGCGCGGGACGUGGCGACGCUUCACGGAGGGAUGGUUUCUUUGACGAACCUCUCAUGCAGUUCACAGAAGCAUGUAAGGACGUACUGGACAUGGUUCGACGGGCGGCACGACGUGCUGGAGCUGGAACGAUGGGUCUCGCUCGAGGCGGACGAACCGCGCGGCAUCAGGAGCCUCGUCAGCAAGGCGCGGUACAUCCUCGCGCCGAGGGCGACCUCGGAAUGGUUCAAAAAUUUAUUUCAACAGACGACUUCGCUGAGACAAGUCGGUCUGAAGUUCGACAGUUCGGUGGCGAGUCGCUGCGCGUGGGAUCCGAAGACCCUGAGGGAGCUAUUCGGCAGCGUCGACACGGUCGCGAUCCUGGACCUCGAGGACGCGACGGAGAUCACGCGGUUCAAGGCCGCGUUGAGGCAGCAUUGGCGGUGUCCGUUCUUCUGCGAGUUCGAUAUCGAAGGGUGGGCUGCGACGAGGACGACGACGUCGGGGGGUGAGCGGGACGAGGGGUGGAUGCGCCGACUGGAUAGGACUUGGAUGAGCGAGGUCGCUAGAGGCUGGGUCAUGGCCAGGAGGCCGGCGGAGGACUCUGCGGCUCUGUUGGAUGUGGGAGACGAGGACGUCAGGACUGCGCUGAAGGCUAUGCCUGAGGUGAAGCUCGUGAGGGCGUAUCUGCUGGCUGAUGUCCAUAGCAGCCGUUGA